GUGUCCCUCAGUCGUAGGACGGCAGUCAGCGCGUGACGAUCGUGGUACGAAAGAAUCGUGCUGCUAACACAUGAAAAGAGACGGAUGUGCGACAUCGUUCGCAGCCGCGUUUAUGCGCUGUCACACGCGGGAGAGUGUGUCUAUGUGUGCCUCUAUGUGUUACGUCGUGUGCGUGUGUGUGCGAGUGUGUGCAAAACGACAAUAGCCGAGUAACGACGACACGCCGACGACGACAACGACGACGACGACGACGACGACGACGACAACGACGACGACAACGACGACGACGACGACGACGACGACGACGACAACGACGACGACGACGACGACGAAGACGACGACGACGACGAAGAAGAAGAAACAAACGAUUUCGACGUUACACUAAUGUUCAAGCAAAUCGGAGUCGUCGGAUAAGUAAUAAUUAACAAUAAUAAUAAGAAAGAUAUAACAAGAAGGAGAACGUCAAUCAUUAUAGGACAUUGUCCUUUUUCAAUGUCGAUCGUUGUCGUAACACGACAAGGAAGGUAAAGUAAAAAAGUGGAAAAGAGAUACGGAAGAAAGAAAGGAAGAAAGAAAGAAAGAAGGGCGGUUUAGUAGGUUCGCAAGCAUCGUCGAUAAUACGGUCGCAUCGCGAAGGAAGACGCGCGCACGAUCGCCCCCUCGCGUAAACGAACGCUACGCCCUAUUCGUCUCGUCUUUCCUCUCGGCUCGUCUCGCCGAAGGUCGGCCGACGUCGUCGCGACGGACCGCGCCGACGGAUAAAACGUCUCGUCGAAGAGCCGUGGGAAUCAGCCGGCGGAAGGAAGAGCGCUGCGCGGUUCGGAGUUUUAUACCGAGAGAGCGAGAGAGAGAGAGAGAGAGAGAGAGAGAGAGAGAGAGAGAUAGAACGAUCUUUCGCGAGGACAAAGACGAAGGAAGACGAGAUGCUCGAGGCUGGUACAAAGCUCUCGUCUGGACGAAACGGUGAAGGGUCUCUUUGAGAAAAAAAGAAAGAAUCGUUGGAAGGAGAAAGAGCGCUAGAAGAAAGAAGGAGGAGAAAGAAGAAGGAGAAGAAGAGGAGGAAGAAGAAGAAAAAGAAGAAGAAAACGUAAGAACGUGGCGUUGGAUCGCCAGUGGGCGAGGCAAAGAGGAAAGGACCGGAGAGAGAUAGAGAUAGGCUCACUUUCUCAUUGGUUCUCUCCUUCGAAACGCGAAUUUUUUUUUGUCGAAUAUGCGAUAACGCAUGUACCGGCUUGGUAAAUCGAAGUUCCCACGAAGAGGAGGGCUUUCCUCGGAGUUGGAUAUACAUUGUUGGUCCAACCCUUGGGUAUCACCCUCCCGACGUGACGUAGAUCCGACUUUACUGUCGUCUACGUCGUUGUCAUCGUUGUCAUCAUUGGCAUCACUAUCGUCGUCACCAUUGUCGCACUCGCGUGCAUCCUGAGAGACGAGAGAACGAGAGAACCGAGGAAACGACGUUUCGUACCUCUCCACCUCCUUCGCCGAGGGGAGUCUCGGCAUCGUCGUCGUCGUCGUUGUCGUCGUCGUUGUCAUUGUCGUCGUCGUCGUCGUCGUUUUUGUAGUCGUUGGUAUCGUAAUCGUUACGGCCACGACGAUUCCGCAAGGAUUAAGCGGGCAGCGUGGGCGGAGGGUGCCUUUGUGGGUGCCUCGGUGGACUACGCGCGGAAGGUGACACCGGAAGAGGAAGAGAGGAAAGGAAAAAGAGAAAGAGAGAAGAGAAGAGACGAAGUUUGUUCCUCCCCGACACGAUGAGAGCAUAGCGAACGAGGACGAGAAAAGGGACGCGCGCGCGCGCGCGCCAGCGAGCACGCAUUGUCCUUUCCCCCUGUCAUAUAUAUAUAUAUAUUUUCUAGCCUCUUCCAGCUCCUCCAGAUAGAGAUAUCCUUCUCUCUAUCUCCCCCUUUUCAAGAUGGCCGCCGCCUGCUACGAAAAGGAAUCGGUGGUGGGUGGCACGACGAUGCACGGUCACGGCCAUCACCAUCAUCACCACCAUCACCAUCAUCACCAUCAUCAUGCCGUUAAUUCGAACUGUGGUACACCCGGGCAGACGGUCCUACCGGCCGGCUCGAGCGGUAUCCUCGACGCCGCGGCAGCCGCCGCCGUGGCCGCAGCUGCUGCCGCUGCUGCCGCCAACGGACCCGGUUCGAACUCGGCCGCCGCGAGCGGUGGUACCGGCACCGCGGUGACGGCCGCAGCGGCCGCGGCUGUAGCCGUAACCACUUACAAGGAUUACAAGGACUAUUCCCAGCCACUUCACGUCGAUUGCAGCGUCGAGUAUGAGCUACCGAGCCAAGCGAAGCCACCGCCCGGUGGUGGCGAACCCUUGCUCAUGAUACACCCUUGUUAUUAUCGACGAGCCGAACGAGAAAGAAGAAGUCCCUUCGUCAACAAUUUACCACCUCCGAGCAACACACACUCGAUAUCCUCCUCCUCUUCCUCGAGAAGGAUCUCCAGGCGUACCACCGCCUCUUCGGCGACCUCGGCAGUCGCGGCUGCCUCGGUAGCAGCCACCGUCGUAUCCUCCGUCUCUACCUCCACCGUUUCGUCGACUUCCGCGUGUACCGCCGCGAUGGUCGCACCGAGUACCGAGUCUCUUGGGACGAGCCUGAUAUCCUCGACCAACGGGCAGAUGUCCUCGGUCGCCGUGGCUGCCUCCUAUCGAGCCGCUCUCAAUGCCGCUGCUGCGGUCUCUCAACAGCAGGCUCAACAACAACAACAACAACAACAACAACAACAGCAGCAGCAACGCCGUCACCAACAUCAGCAGCAACAGCAACACGCGCUCCAUCACGCUCAGCAUCGAACUCACCCAACUCAUCCGCAUCACCAACAACAACAGCAGCAGCAGCAACAAUCUCAAAGCUCCAUCACGCCGACCACCUCGACUUCCGACCUCAUUUCUGCCGACGAAAAGGCAGUUAUAUCAGGUAUUUAUCAACACUACUUCCGUGCGAUGCGAGCCCAUAACCAUCAGCAUCGGCAGCAACAACAACAGCAGCAACAGGUCCAACAGCAACAACAUCAUCAUCAUCGUACGCAUCAACUUCAUCAACAGCAACCUCACCAAAGCGACAGAAGUUCCUCCUCUUCGUCUGCCACGUCAACGACCACUUCGGUGUCCGGUAUCCUACGGCAAAGUUAUCAACAAGCGUAUAGCGCAUCGACGAGCUCGAACUCGUCGUCUCAUCAUCGUUCGGUCACGGCGUCCGUCCUAGCGCAUCAUCCUUACAGGCGACCAUCCUCGACGUUGUUGUCGCGAACAACGUCGCAUCUCGGCCAGCAGGCUUCCUCUUCUUCCUCUUCCAUAAACUCGUCCACCAUCAGUGCUUCCAACGGCGUCACGUCCAGUGCCGUUUCUAGCGUGUACGCCGGUGCGAUACACAGGCAUCACGCGACCUCGUUGCAUGCUCUUCAAGCGGCGGGCUUCUACGAGACACCCGGUUAUCACGCUCUCCUACCCCAAAGCUAGACGAUCGAGAACGGCUUCUCUGAUCGGCCAAUGCGUCGUUCGUUCGGAGAAUCGAUUUCUCCUUUCGACGCCUCGAACCUCUUCAUUCCGGUCUCGUGAAAAGGACGGAGAGCUUAAGUUUGCAACAGCUGGUGAUGGUCGAACGGCUAGAUGGGAAAAGGAUGACAUUUAGUAUAAAUGUCCUCGAAACGGUUAAAAAAGAGAGAAAGAGAAAGAAUGCGUCAUAGGGGGAGGCAGCUGGAAUGGUUGGCCCUGUGGAUCGAACGUUUUCAUCCACCUACGGCUUCUCUCUCUCUCUCUCUCUCGCUUUCUUUCUUUCCUUCUUUUUCUCUUUCUCUCUCAACAUCGUCGUUCUCUAUUGGCAUGGCUCAGGUACUUGGAAGAUGCUGUUUGCACAAGAAAGAGGGAGAGACCGACCCUACGAGAAGAAUUCUCGUUGGAGCUCUUGCGAGCUUUUAGCUCACGGCUCUCCUAUACACGGCUCUUCGUUCUGUGUGUUAUCCGUUUUGAAAUUCGACGUGCCGUCACGGCCGAAGACCGACGACGAAUAUCCUCGUCGUUCCGCGAACACGGUAAUCGUGUAACCGUAUCGAUUUCCAUGGCUUAGGCAGUAUUUCCACCGGAUUUCGCUCGGUCUACUUUCGCCUAGAAUGAACGGCCCCUUCUGUCGACGAUGAAAUUCUGAACCUUCACUUCCUUCUUUCCUUUUUUUGCUUCAAUUUCGAUCAAGAUAAUAUACGUCGAUCGAAAAUUGUUUUUUUCCAUUUCCUAGAUUCGAUCGCUCUCGGCAAAGUAUAGACGAUGGUAACAAAUCGUUCACGAUCUUCCGAGGAAUUUGCGUAAGAUUUCGUAUCUACUAUCUGAAAAGGAAAGUAGAGAAAGGAGAAGAAAAAGAUUAACAAGGAGAGAAAAACGAAAAUGAAAUUAAGCUGGUCUUAUAAGCUGGUCUUGAAAAAAGAGAUAAAGAAAGAAAGAAAGAAAGAAAGAAAAAUCGAGUUUAACUUUUUCGAGGAAGACGAUUGCGAAAUUAAGAUAGAAACGGGUGCGAGAUGAGUACUAAGCAAUUUUUCCACCAAAUUCGAUUGGUUUCUAGGAAUCGAUCAUGCUAGAUUGAGGGAUGGAAGAAGAUGGAGGGAGCUAAACUCCUCCUCGACGUAUGCCGUUCGAUUUUUAGUCUGUAAGAGAAAGAGGGAAAGAUAGGCUUCUAGGAGAAAGGAUAGGCGUACGGUAGUGUAGGAAAAAGAAGGAAGGAAAGAAAGAAAGAAAGAAAGAAAGAGAGAGAUGAGAGAGAGAGACGAAAAGGACGGCGGCUGCGCCGAUGGAACGUCGCAGCAGUCAGUAGGUACGCCCGCGGGCAUCCUUAUCCGUUCUCCUCGCUCUACCAAGACGACGUAUCUCCCUAGAAAGCCGAGACGGUCUUGGAUUUCUUCCUCCUCCUUCACCUCCUCCUCCUUCACCUCCUCCUCCUUCACCUCCUCCUCCUUCUCUUCCAUCUCCACUCCUCUUCCUCCUCCUUCUCCACCUUAUCCUCUUCUUCUUCUUCCUUCUGCUCUUCUUCUACUAUCUCUUUCUCCUUCUUCCUUCCUUCUUUCUUUCUUUCUCUUUCUUUCUUUCUUUCUUUCUUUCUUUCGUUCGUUCGUUCGUUUUUCUUUUCUUCUUCCCUCCGUCCUGCGCCCUUUUCAAAGAGCGCGCUCAAGGAGAAACGGACGGCGGGGACCGUAUUUCGUUACACGGUAACGAUCGAUCAACGUGACCGCACGACCGCACCAGCGGUAUGGCCGUGCUGAGGCGAAACCAGACGAGAGAGAGAGAGAGAGAGAAUAUAGUGGGCCCCAACAGGAAGGAUAGAGAGAGAGAGAGAUGGGGGUGUGGUUGAAAGAAAGAAAGAGAGAGAGAUAUCGAAGCAGAUAGAAAGAGAGGGAUAGACAGAUUCAGACAGACAGAACAUUCAGGCAGACAGAAUGAUAGAGACACGUUCAGGCAGGCACACACAGAGAGAGAGAGAGAGAGAACCUAUCAGAAACGAAACGCAGACGGAACGCAGACGUUCCCGAACCUGGUAUAUGCAACAACUUUGUAUUCCAGAAACACUGAUCAUAUCCUCCUUGCACUUGCGGCACGGCUUCUCUUUUGCCUUUCGGGAUAAGAAACGUGACAGCGCGUAUUAUAUUCUUUUUGCUAUUCGAGACGUACUCCUGCGUAUCAACGCGACGCCGUUUCCGUUUGCCUGUCUUCUCUCUCUCUCUCUUUCUCUCUCUCUUUCUCUCUCUCUCUCCUCUCCAUCUAUCUAUCUGUCUGUCUUCUUGCCGUCAGCAGCUCGGUUUUUGCUCGAUCAGAGCGGUACUCUAUCGAUCGUUGUGUAUGUACUUCUUAUCUUCGUAUAUGUUUAUCUACGUAUAUAUGUGCGUGUAACUUCAUGUGGUAAAACACGUGGUAGUAGAUAGCCUUUUCCUAUGAUCAAUUAAGUUUCCACUGUUUUCGCCUUUUCUAUGAGCUUAUCAAAUAAUUAUAAAGUAGAAGUUAGUACCCGACAUAGCGUUCUAUUGUAUUUUUCUUUUUCUCUCUCUCCCUCUUUCUUGUUUUUUUUUUUGUAUCGUUUUGUAAUUAUUCGGUAGAAAUUCUAUAGUUUUAUUUUAUUCGUCAUGGCUCAAAUUUUGUACGUGCCAAAAAUUUUCUUUUUAUCUAAAAAGAUAAUAAUGAAAAAGUGAAAGAAAGGAAAGAAAAGAAAAAAAAAGGAAAAAUAUGAGAAGGGAAGAGAAGAGAGAACGUUUCCAUAGACGGCAUGGAAUUUCUGCGGUAUACGCGCUGAACAAGGUCCGCUUUGUAGAAGGAAUUCAACGUGGACGGAGGGGUUGGUGCUGUAAAGAGGAGGACAUCUAACGUUGUGUAAACUUCGAGAGGUUACAAGAGUAGCGCGGUAGAUACGUGACUGUAAUUUCAUUCACCUCCUAUAUAUGUAUGUAUGUGCGUAUACACCUAUAUACAUACAUACAUACAGAAGUAGUCGUUCGUUCGCUCGCAUGCUCCGCGUUCUAGAUCGUUGUUCGUUGAUGCCACCAAAGAUUUCAGUUCGAGAUCUAGGCCUUUUCUACGUAAAACUUGACGUAUCCGCGGGAACACGUUGAAAUGAAAAUUUAGAACGAAGAAGAAGAAUAAUCAACUCCGUUUGAUCUUUCUGCUUCCUCUUUCUUCCUUUUCUUUUUCUUCUUUUCUUUUUUCAUUCUAUUCUUUUCUCUUUUUCUCUUCCUCUCUUUCUCUCUCUCUCUCUCUCUCUCUCUCUCUCCUUUUAGAAAAAAUUCCAUAUAUUAUUUUUACAUAUGUCCCGAACGGUAAAGCGGUUAAGUAAAUUUGCAAAGCAACGAUAGCAGAUAUGGUUUUUGCGAAUCAUGCGACAAGACACGGAUUGGCCUGCAGUCUUAGAAGCGCGAACGUCAGAGUCGUCGUUACGUCACGGAUAUUGGAAUCGUGUACUUGAUGUGUGCUCGAGAAUAGUCACGUGCAGAUCGAAUGAAGAAAGAGAGAGAGAGACAAUCGUCGGUUGCAAUUUUUUGUUCAAUUGUAUCAAGAAAUUACGGAUCUAAUUAUAGAAUAAAGAGAGAGAGAGAGAAAGAGAGAGAAAAAGAGGCAGACGGAGAAAAAAAGAGAAUAUCGUUGGUAUCCAUUAUUUGUGCACCCUAUUAUAGGAGGACGUUCUUUUAUUCUUUUUUUUUUUUUUUUUUUGUUUAAACGGUCCGAUCAUAAAGGAGGGAUGCGUUUCCUGUUCAAAAUCGAACGAAAUGGCCGAGGUUAAAUGUUCGUCCGCCGACAUUUACUCGACGAUGGAAGAAGGAAGAGGGAGCAUUAUCGUAUCUCGUUGAAACCCCCGUUGAACUCGUUAUAUAAUAUGACGUCGACAUUAGGCAAUUAAGAGAGGAACUAUCUAUGUGUGUAUGUAUGUAUGUAUGUAUGAAUGUAUGCAUGCACGUAUGUAUGUAUAUCUAGCAUACGUAGAAGGAUAGACGUUUGUUGUUCGCAAAGGUUUCACAGUGGGUCGCGACCUCGACUUUGCCUCUUUACAAAACGUGAAUAAGAGCCCACACAACGGGUUCCCUCUCUUUUACUCCUUCUUAGAACUCAACGAUGAAGACUCUGCAUAACCAUCAUCGUCAUCGCAUUUUCGAGUUUGAAAUCUACUCUCUCUCGCUCUCCCUCUCUCUCUCUCUCUCUCUCUCUCUCUCUGUCUUUCUGCUUCGCUACACAAACAUAUGUAAGAGGCUCACGUUUAUGAAACGUUAGCUUCGCAAGAGUUGGCUUUACGUUCGCAAAUUUUCGUUUGGCUUGCGAUCGUUUUGAGAAACGGAGAGAAAGAGAAAGAGAGAGAGAGAGAGAGAGAGAGCAUUAGCUCGAGAUCGUUACAAAGUAAGCGGGGCGAGGCGAGUCGAGGCGACGUGAUGUACGCGGAGAACCGUAAUGAGUUUUUGCGGCUGGUCUCGAAAUUAGACGCUACGCCUCCGUCGAAAAGCAUUUCGUUCCUGGCACUUACCCUCGUCUCUCUCUCUGUCUCUCUCUUUUUCUCUCUCUCUCGUGGCGUAGCAUUUCCGUCCUGCUGUUUUUGCUCGUCCGUAGGGAACGGGUCUCUCUUUCUCUCUCUCUCUUUCUAUCUCGUCGUUCGAAGCGUGGAAAAGCGCCGUCGGACACCGGGCAUAAUUAUUUCAGUUUGCGAACGCUGACGUUGCACGUUAUUCGAAACCGAUGGUGGCGGUCGAUGUUAAAGCCUCGAGAAAGGUAUCGUCACGAAAAAACGCCGCUUCCCUUCGGAGGGAUACGCCCGAUAAUCACUAUGAAAUUUCACUUGGAACGAUCGAACGCAUGAGAUCUAUACAUACAUACAUACAUAUAUAUAUGUGUGUGUGUAUAUACUAUUUUAUAUAAUACAUUCGAUAUCAGGCAUCUAUUUUACUUGUCUUCCUUUUACGUUUUCUCCUGUAUAGAUUGUAUAUAGAUAAAUGUGUAUAUAUAUUAUAUAUAUAUUUGUAUAUUAUUCUUAUAAUGAAAUUCUAUCGGUUUUUAAGUUCUUCUAAUUUAUACAGUAAUAAAGUGAGGAAUGAUUAUAGUUUUUAUUUAAAUUAUACUUAACUCUUUAACUUUAUUUGUAAAAAAUAUUUUUACAAAUAAAAAUAACUGUCCUCUGAAAAAAAAAAGAGAAAGAAAGAAAGAAAAAGAAAAAAGAAGAAAACAGAGGACAGGGAUUAACAGUAUAUCCUUGAGUUGCGAAAAUCGAAUUUUAAUUGAUUUUUUUAUAACCCUUUGUAUAAACCUGGAUAAUAAUACGAUGUCAUUCUGAGCUCUCAUUCGAUGAAUUCACGAAUAAAAUACGUGGACGUUUGAGGCUUCGAACAUGUCGGAUAUUCAUCCAUAUGUCAUGCCAACAUGAAACUCUCUCUCUCUCUCUCUCUCUCUCUCUCUCUCUGUCUGUCUGUCUGUCUCUCUCUCUCUCUUCCUCUCUUUCUUUCUUUCUUUCUUUCUCUCUCUCUCGUUCUCAGGAUAGGGCUGGCCAACCGGCACUAUCUUCUACCAACGACAAUGGUGGGCUUUCUCUCCCUUCAUUUCAUACACCAACGUAUGCUUGUUCUCUAGCCCUCAUCGAAAAAGAGAGAGAAGAAGCAGUUAGGGAAGGGACGAAGUAAGGGAGAAAGAGGAACGAGGAUGAACGAGGGCGUUCGUAAAAUCCGUUCUCGUUGCUUCGUGCUCGAACGUUCCGAACAUUGAACGGGCUCGGCAUUGUUACCUUUCUCGUCAUCGAGACUACCGAAUGUCAAGUGGCAAUCGAUAUACGAUCGACAAACGCGUACCUCCGUCUCUCUUUCCGUGCUUACCUAAUGUGAUCGAUAACUAAAAUCGUCUCUGUCCGUCGCCCAUAUUACGUCAUGGAAAAGUCGACUCGUAGAGCUCGUUCGACCUAGGCUAAGCGAAGCGAGCUUUCUUCGAUCGCUUCGUCUCUCUUUCUUUUUCAGCUUCUAUUUCUUUCUUUCUUUCUUUCUUUCUUUCUUUCUUUAUUCUUUUUUUAUUCGUUGAUAUUUCAGGAAAGACCUUUAGUAUAUUUACGAAUUCGUUCGAACUACGUCUCUUUUUAGAAUACUUUUUAUUCGUAUUUAGAAAGUCUGCGAAGAAGUCACCAUUUUUCAGGAUAAUUUAAAUAUUAAGUUUAAUAGUUAAAAUUUUGUAAAGAAAACAAAAUUAAUGGAAAGUUAAGAAGUAUAUUGGUCGAUAAGAUGCUUCACUUUUGUCAAAAUGCGAAAUAGAGUUUUCACGGUGGUAGUAGCAUAGUGAUCGCAGCGAGCCCGGCUCUCUGCUGUGUCGUCGAUAAUGGUACGCAGUGGGUCGACGUCGUUAUGCAUACAGGGUGCUCCCCUACUUGCUCUCGGAAUGCCAUUUCGGAAAUUCUUGAAUUAUUAUGCGCCACGGUCAAAUGUUGUUCCUUCUCUCUCUCUCUCUCUCUUCCUUUCUAUCUAUCUUUUCUUUCAAACGAUCUGCCUUCAACUCACCCACUUAUCUCCGGUUUCUUUUUUUUUCAUUCUUAUAGGAUAGCAUCGUGUAUUUUUUUUUCUUUUUUAUUGCUUUCGUAUUCCAAGUCAGUCUCUCUAAGAGUUUGGCAAAAGACACGUUCGAGUAACUUCGAAUAUGACGAUAAUAAAGGCUCCUCAAGCCUUUCCGCAAAGUCAUCGCCGUGUAUGUCGUGCCUUGUAUUUUGCCUUAAAGAUACGUGCCUCCUCCGCCUUCUUCCUCUCUCUCUCUCUCUCUCUCUUUUUCUCUUUCUCUUUCUCUUUCUUUAUCCCUCUUUCCGUCGACGUUCUCUAUCUUUCUUUAACUCUUUCUAACGCAUACGAUGUACACGACGACAACAACAACGGACGACGACGUCACGGUGGUACGCACGCGUACAAGCCCACAUCCGUAUCCGAGGGGACAACACGCGUGUCCUCCAACUUCGUUUUCAACGCUUUCGAGAAUGUCGCCGAACGAUCCGAGGUCAUAUUUUACGUUUAUCGCAAGCAUUAUAUUUUCUCCAAACGUAGCCCGUUAUUUGCGUCAGCCCCGUUCCUUCUUUCAUCUCUUUUUCUGUAUCUCAAAGUGCAUUUAUCAAUGAAUCCACGUUAGUACGCGACGGGUUCGAGCUAUCGCAAAAUAAUAUCACAUUGAGAAAAGCAAGGUUCGUAAUAUCGAUAAAGACGAAGGUAUCAGAUAUUGGGACACUUCUAUUUUAGCGUUUACCUUCUUUGUUGCGUCAUCGUAGCUCCGAUUUAUUGUUCUCACUCUGUCUUGCAUAUCGAUGUCAUCGAUUUUGAAAAAAAGGAAAAGAAAAGAAAAAGAACCGUAUUAUUUAUAUUCUUUUUCUUUCAUCUCCCUUAAAAUUUUCAUGUUGAAGUAUUUGAAAGUUGGCGAGAAUUCUUUAGUUCGUUCUAUAUCUCGAAGGAAGUCCUUUAUCCUGGAAAAGGCUUCGGCUGUCGUAUCGCGAGGUUCGACCCAGAUUUCAAUCGACCUCUUUUUCUUUCUUUCUUUCUCUCUCUCUCUCUUUUUCUCCCUCUCCUUCUCCUUCUCCCUCAUUCAUCCACAUUCAUCGCAAGAAGCCUCGUUACGAUGCGCCUUUUCUAAUAUCGCGAGACACACAUAGUCUUCCUUGGAGCGGACUCGACUCCCCUUCCCUUCGGAGAAUUUAUACGUCUACCAUCCGAUCCCGUUCACCCUCUAACCCACUUUGUAUAGGCAUCUCCGUAUCGCGAAUCGUAUCGAGAGCCGAUGGAUGGAUCGACUUUCCUCGAAUUGCGUAUCACGUUCAGUGUCCCGGAAAAUUUAACAAUACUUCGUUCUUCGAGACAGAAUUUUCCUUAUCAUUUUCUUCUACCUUUCUCUUUCUCUUUCUUUUUCCUCCUUUUUUCCCUCCCCACAACGUAAAUAGAGAAUUCACAUGCCAGAAAAAUUCAUUUCGAAACGUAAAAUAUCGUGAUACUAAACUCAUCUAAUCGAUCAUUUUUCUUUUUCUACGUUUCGAAAUGUAUUUUAUUUUCAAUACUAUCAUCUUUGCGUGGAAGUAUGCAUUGUGAACGAUAAUGAGCAUUAUUACGGCAUUGUUUCCAAAUGGUUGCCCCGAUCUUUAAUAAGGAAAUUACUGUUGGAGUAAAUGCAAGAAAUAUGAUAAUAUAACUUCGACUUUAAGGGUAAAUACUUUUUGAGUAGGAUUUUUGUGAGCACAAAGCCAUCGACACUGUAUAUACUUGAGUGGAAAAUAUAUAUCUACUGUAUAAACGCAUACAUAUUCAACUAUUGCGUAUAAUAUGAUAGAUUCCCUUUUUUAUGCUUAUACAACUAUUACAAUCAUCUCGUUCAUCGAGAUGCUAGUAACCAUUGUCACCUCGUUGAACUAUAUCUACGUUCCUGUGUUAAUCUCCGAGUCAGGAAAAUGCAUUUUUCCUGAAAAGUGUGCCAAUAAACGAUCGUUCCUCUAACCCUUGUCCUACGAUCGAACCAUUCUACUGUUCACCAUUAUUCGUCGACUUCCUUUGUGCUCGCCAAAUUUCGAUUCGAUUCACAUUAAGAAGAAAGUAUUCAGGAUUUACCCUCCGCUUUUUUCUCUCUAUUCUCUUCAGAUGAAAGGAUUUACAACUUUGCAAUAAUCAUUAAUUCUUAUUUUUAGUCGGAUAAUUUAUAACUACUACCUAGACAGAAAUUUUUAAUCGAUCGAAUAUAUUCGAAGUAAGAUUAUUGAAGAGAGUACUGAAUUAUUAUGAAAAAUUUCCUUUCUCUUCUACCUCCUCUAUACUUUGCGUCUACCCGAUCGAAACUAUAGCGUGUAACCCUCGAUUAUCGUUCGCGUUCUACGUGACUCGUGAGCGUACUGGACGUACGUCUAGACUGGAAAAAGAAAAAUUCGAAUAAAAAGAAAGAUAGAUUGUGGGGAUAGGUAGAGAGAAAGAGAAAGAGAAAGAGAAAGAGAGAGAUGGAGAGCAUUCACGAUUCGUAUCUCGUGAACCUACCCACAUGAUCCGCGUCUAUGUAUUACGUGUGUGUGUGCGUUGAAAAGAGAACGAUUCUCCACGGUCGUCUCCCUGCUUUUUUAAUAUCAUCCCCUCAUCCACCCUUUGCCAAAGCCGCCAGCUCCCAUUUUGCGAACGUUUCGCUAUGCGAAUCGAGGCGAGUGCUAUACGAUAACACGUAUCUCCUCGAAUAGUUUGCUAUGACUAUUUAACUCGGCCUUAAAUUGAAAAUAAGAAAAAGUAAAGGAGGAAGAAGAAGAGUAAGAAGAAGGAGAAGAAGAAGAAAAAGAAGAAGUAAUGGAGGUGAGAGUAAAGAUAAUGACAUAAACUGCCUCAAAAUAUUGAUUAUUAUUCUUAUUACUAUUAUCAUUAUUCUUAUCGUUAUUAUGAUUGUCAUUAUUGUAAUUAUAAACGCGCUAGCGCUCUCGCUAAUGACUGAAGUAGCUGAAAAAAAAGAGAGAGAGAAAGGAAGGAUAAGAGAAAGAAAGAAAUAUUACGAUUGCGUUUAAUUCGCGGUUAAGAAAGAGAUGUAUGUACGAUAGUUUCCGAAAGAUGAGAAACGAUAAAGAAUAAAGAAACGAGCCAACGGGAAAGUUAAAAAGAAAAAAGAGGGUAGAAUGAAUAAACACGAAAUGAGCUUGGAAAAAUCGACGUAUUAAAAUGGAUACGUCGCGAAUAGGCGACGAUGGCACACUAACGUUCCUAAUUAAAUGUACUACGCUCUUUUAUUGCGUGGUCGUUCCAAAAGAAAGAGAAAGACGAUCGUAGGAUCAUCAUUGGUGUCAUCGUCGACUUUUUUUAUUUAUCCCAAGACUGUGAAUCCGAUCUUUUUUCUUUUUUCUUUUUUUCCUUUUUUCUUUUUUUCUUUUUCCUUUUUCGUUUUUUUUUCCUUUUUUUUUUUUUGUUGAGAAAGAAAAAGAAAGAGAAAAGAAUUUUCCGUCGGCUCGUGAGUGAUUUCUACGAGAUCAGAAAACUGCGUAUAUGUGUGUAUGUAUAUGAGCGGAUGAGAAAGAGAGAGAGAGAGAGAGAAAGAGAGAAAAAUAUUUGAAUCGAAAUCAGAAUGAAGUUCGUUCCUAAUCGUAUCGCCUUUAUUCCUAAUAUUUGAACGAGACGAAGCGUAUCUCGAAUAUAAAAUGAAAUUCGAGAAAGAGAGAGGGGGAAAUCGGUCGAUCGAUUAAUCGAUACGCAAUUUACAUGCUUAUCGAUCGCAACCGGCCAAUCGAUUAUAUAUUCGAUAUACCAUGGACAAUUCGUUCGCAACGAUCGUUCUCGUGACAAGUAUCGAUAAUAAUAAUAAUAAUUAUUAUUAUUAUAAUAAUAUUAAUAAUCUAAAUAAUAAUAGUAAUAAUAGUAGUAAUAAUAAUAAUAAUACUAAUAAUAAUAAUAAUAAUAAUAUUAAUAAUAUUAAUAAUAAUAAUAAUAAUAAUAAUCAUGAUGAUGACGAUGAUAAUAAUAAUAGUAAUGACGACGACGACGAGCAGGAGGAUCACGAUUAUGACAUAAAAGAAUUAAUCUCGAACGAUCGCCGUACUCGAACACGAUCGCGAGUGUUCUAUAUUCGAAUCGAUAGGAGGACGCCAUGAUGACUCUUCUUCGAUUACGAAAAUGAUCUUUCGAGUUAUCGACAAUCGUUCGGGGAAACACGAUCGAAGGUCCCGUCACGUUUAAUCGUAGUUAAAGAGUGGAAUUUAUUCUUCGAAGGCUCGGUAGCACGAAACGAUUCUUCGAAUGCAUGUCGUAUGUAUUGUUAAUUUGUUCGAUUCGGAUGACGUAAAAAGGAGGAGAGUCCGAAAGAGCGGAAUCGAGAACGAUUAUUCGUGAGACCUUCGCCCUCGUGGAUGCUUAUUUUGAAAAGGCGUUGCGAACGAUUGGACGGCCGAGAUCGUACCCCCAGCGUGUUCGCUCGCUCCCAUUCUCUAAAUAUUCCGAAUGAAUUAUUCGUACACGUAAGGAGAAUGUGUGUGAAUGUGUAUAUGUUCGUACGUAUUAGUAUGUAUGUGUGUGUGUGUGUGCGCGCGCGCGUGAGAAAGAAAGAGAGAGAGAGAGAGAAAGAAUCGCGGAGUCCGUUCUCGUGGAAGACGCAGAGAGCACGAUAUCGAUUCGACGACGACUGGAUUGCGUCCCGAAGGACGAUACGUUCCUUCGGCGUUUCUCGUAUUAUACGGGCUCGAAGAAUAUACGACAAUAAAAGAAGGAUCGUAGCCGCUCGAACACGAUCCAUACUCCGUGAGAGUUAAUCGAGAGACGGACGAACUCCUACGGCUUUUAUGGCUCCGCUCGUAAAGAUAUACCUACGGCUUUUUCUGUGGAACUGAGGACCCCUUCGAACGAACACCCGGUCCAGGAAAAGCAGUAGAGAGACGUAGACGAUGAAGAUACGGAAAGAACUGUGGUCUGGAUGCGUAAACGCAGGGAGGAGGAGUAUUCCUUGGUAGGUAGAGAAAGAUAGAAAGAGAAAAAGAAAAAGAAAGAGGAAGAGAGAGAGUAUGCUCAGGAAUGAGCCAAAGCUUUCUCUCUCUCUCCUCUCUCUUUAUUCUUUUCUUUUUCGCGUGUACGCUAAAAAAGGGGGACCGAACAGUCCCGAGGAGAGUCGAAAAGAGGAAGCUUGGGACUUGAAGAGGCAUGUAAAGCUGAGGAGGAAGGAAGGAGGCGUAAGGCGAAAGCAAAAUCGUUUUUCAAAAGCAAAUUAUAAUAAAUGAUCGAGCCAAGCCUAAUCGCAGCAGGAAACGUACUGUCGAGUCGCCUUUCUUAAGUCGCUGUAUUGUACGAGAAGGAUUUCAAUUCCAUCGAGGACUAUAUAUAUAAAUAUAUGUGUGUGUAUGUGUAUAUAUAUAUAUAUAUAUAUAUAUAUAUAUAUAUAUAUAUGUAUUCACGAAGGUUGCGACGAUGAGUAAGACUGGCCGGCUUUCCGCGUUCGAGUAAUGCUUUCGAAAUGGAGUUUCUUUCCUUCAUUACCUCUUUUCUUCACUAUUUUUCUUUUCUUCUUCCUUUUUCCUUUUUUUAAACAUCAAAUACGUAGAACGAUGGUUCAUAACCGACACAGCUCAUAUAUUUUUUUAAAGAGUCAAACACCACUUAAAUCAAUGCUCCUACAAAGAUUCUCCUAGGGAACUACUAUUACUACUACUACUGUUACUACUACUGUUACUACUACUAUUACUACUACUACUACUACUGUUACCACUGUUACUACUACUAUUACUACUACUAGUACUACUACUACUACUACCACUGUUACUAUUACUACUACUAUUACUACUACUACUACGACUACUACGACUACUACGACUACUACUACUACUACUAAUACUAAUACUAAUACUAAUACUACUACUACUAUUACUUCUACCACUACUAUUACAAGUACUAUUACUCAUACUACUAUUACUACUAUUACUAUUACUACUACUACCACCACUACUACUACUACUAUUACUAUUACUAAUACUACUGCUUCUACCACUACCACUAUUAAAGGCAACAUUUAUUAUGCGCCCCUGUGCAGUCUCACGAAGUAGGGAUUCGGGAUCAGAUUUUGGUAACAGCUGCCGGCGUAUUUUCUUUCUCUCUGUGUAAAGAGGACCCGAGAGAUCGAAAAACAGAACUAACGUCGAGGAAAAGGAAGGAAAGAGAGAGAGAGAGAGAGAGAGAGAGAGAGAGAGAGAUAGUGUCAGAAAGAUAACCAAGCAUCGUAGUAGCACACACAGGGUAGUCUGUGCUGAGCGAUGGUAACUAGGGUAUUGCGGGUUAUGGUCGAGCCAGGAGGCAUCGUUCGAAACGAUGGACCACGCCCCGGCUCUCUGCCAUCUCCGCUUCGACGACUCUCGAAGCACGAUCGAUCCUUUCCUCGCAACAACCUGGCAAAAAUUACCACCGCAAAAGUCGAGCACGAAACGGGACAGCCGAAUACGCCCCUGGAGCGAGCCGAGUUUCAAACUCGGAAUGUGCAUCACCGGUUACGAUUAUUUCGCGUAAUCCCCAGGCCUUUGCCAACGUCCAUUUCAGAUUACUGAUUGUGAGUAUGUUGCCCACACUAUCCCAUAUGCUCGAAUCGAUGUUCUCAUUAUCUUCCGGCUGAUCUUAACAUUUCACGUAUCUUUUUUUUUUUUUUAUUUUUUUUUUAUUUUUUUAUUUUUAUUUUCGUCGUAGUUGCAAUUUUCCUAUCAUGUAGAUAUUACAAAUGUCCAGUAUAAUAUCUAAGACAGUGAUCUUUGAUCAUUCUGAUCAUAAUAUAUUUUCUCACUUCGUUUAAAUUAAUACUACCCAAAUUUGUUAUCUAUUCAGAAACGAUCAACAAAAUAAUUCUUGACGCAAUCGCUACCCCUACUCUCUUUCGGUGAACUUAUCAAGUCAAUCUUCUUAUCUUAGCCAUUGAAAUGUUGAUAUUCUUGUAAAGAUCGAACCUGGACGGUAUUAACUUCUCUCUCUCUCUCUCUCUCUCUCUCUCUCUCUCUCUCUCUCUCUCUCUGUCUCUGUUUCUCUCUCUUUCUCUCUUUAGCUAUCUAUCUAUCUAUAUCUCUAUCUCUCUGCCCCUCUCCCACUCCGGUCAAUCGAUUCCGUCUACCUACGGUUUGACAACCUCGAUGCUUCUCUCCGCACUUCCACCCUCGCGACACGCAGACAGGGUAAAAGAGAGAGAGAGAGAGAGAGAGAGAUACGUGUGUCUACCACAUACGGGCUCUAUCGCUUCCCGUUUUAACCAUUGCCAGGAAGAAUGCAAUUUUCCGUCAUCGAACGCCGUACUGGCAGUUUUACCAUUCGUUUCAUUAUUCUCUUUUAACUUGAAACCUUUUUAUUUGAUUUGAUUUAAUUUGAUUCGAUUCUUUUUUUCCUUGAAAAUCUCUCCUCUCUGCUUUUGCUCUUUGUGGCUUUCAUUUCUACUAUUUUACUAUCAUAAUCUUCGUAUCAAUUUUUGCCCUCUCUUUUUAAUUUGGUAAAGUUAUGCUCGAUUAAAAAGGAUAAAAUGGUGAAAGGGGAGAAGGAACCUUCAUUCGUCUAGUACGAAAUUUCGAUUCUCCUCGUUAUGUCCUUUGUCCUAUUGUUAAUUCCUGAAUAAGUAGUUCCCACCUUGUCAGUUUUCAUGGCAGGUACUGGAUGCAUUCUCUCUCCUUCUCUCUUUCUCUUUCCCUUGCUUUGUCCUUCGGCCGAUUGGGAGCAGAACCGCUCGUCAGCCCUCUUUCCGCUAGAGUUGCUACGAGGAGCUCUCUGCCCUCUUUAGGCCUCCCAUUUCUCCUCGACAGCGCGACGAUAUCGAGGCACUUCUUCUCUCUUUCUCGAGUUGCCGCAAUUACGUGGUCCUAGAUGUCUUCCCUCUGACCCACAACUCCUUCUACUUCUUUUCUUUUGUAUUCUUCUCAUCUCUUUUCAUUUUUGUUCUUCAAGUCUCUUCGAAAUUUAACAAUGAAAUUUGACAAAGAUAACGUUCUAUUAAGGUACAUCCUUUUUUUCAUUAUCUUUGCAUCUUCUCAUCAUCAUUAAUAUUUAUUUAUUACGAUGAUAAUAAGAAUGAUGACGAUGAUGAUGAUGAUGAUGAUGAUGAUGAUGAUGCAAACGUUUUAUACAUUUUAUUUUGUUAUUAUUCUAGUCGAGUUCUCUACGAUAUUAAGGUUCAUCUGUCCAACAAUUCCUUUUAAAUUUCAUCAUUUUCUUAAGUUCGUUUCCGCGUUGGGACGAGUCUUGGAUUCGCGGAAUAAGAUGAUAUAUAAUUUAAAACGCCAUCUGCGCCUCUUCUCCACCCUGACGAUAGAAUCUCACAAAAUUAGAAUCUUUUUUAAGGUCGGUAAGCUAAUUACCGUUCCGUUGCCAGCGCUUGAUUAUAGUUUCGAAACGUCUCGGGAUCGACUCUCCUCGAGCUCUCUGAAGGUAAUUGCCAAAAUCAUGAUUGCGUUUAUAUGAAUUGUACGUCUUCUCUGUUUUUCGAAGGGCCGUGGAAAUUUCGGUGAAAGAGGGUCGAAGAAGCUAGCCAACCAAUUACUAUGCUGUAUAAAGGAAAAAAAGUAAUAAAAAAUAAAAAAUAAAAUAAAAUAAAAUAAAACGAACAUACCUAACGCAGUUAAGAUAAUGUACAAGUCUCUAGUGUGAUACAUUUCUACGCUUAUUCUCUAACUGUAGCCGUGAAGUCUAAAGUACGAUACCUCGUUAUGGUUUGUAACACGGAGAAGUAGUCCUGUAAUAACUAAAUAAUAAUAAUAACAAUAAUAUUAAUAUUAAUAUUAAUAUUAAUAAUAUUAAUAAUAAUAAUAAUAAUAAUAAUAAUAAAAUAAUAUUAAAAUAAAAUAUUAAUAAUAAUAAUGAAAAAAAAGUACGAUCAAAAAUCCGCUUAGGCUGACUGUUAACUCGCAAAAGACGUAUUGUAUUUCUGUAGGGAGGAAUUGUCCUAAUAAUUGCGAAUUGAACAUAAAGUAAAAAGAAAAAAAAGAAAAAAGAAAAAAAAAAAGAAAUGAGGAAGCAUAAAACGACGUCACUGAGAGAACAUGAAAAAAAGAGCCCAUAUAUAAUAAGGAUAUAUAGAGGCGUGCGGAUCACCGAUUUAUGGAUGAAUGAAUGCGUGAAUAAUAAUGAAUGGAUGAGCAUAAUGAUGGACGAUCGACCAGUCUUGGCCGAUUCGCGAGUGUGUGUCACUUUAACAAGCGAAGUAUUUCGAGAGUAUAGUGUUCGGAAUGUACAUAAUUCUUGUAUAUAACGAACGAAUCACUGAUUGUACAAUACCACCCAAAUAUAUUUAUAUUUCAUGUUAA